AUAAAAAGAGUGAGUGUCGAGUUGGCGAUGUGGUAUCCCUGCUGCCGAGCCGAGACUCAACAGACAAGGAUAGAACUAGCUGCUUUAGGCUCAGUAGCUUCACACUUUUGCUGUUUAUUUUGGUUGCUGGUUUCAGAACCACAUAUUCCGGUACAGUGUGUUUGUCCUGUAGUGGCGUACAAAGUAUAAAUCAAUGUACACACUUGGAGAACUGUCGCAAUGAUGAGGUCUGUUUCUUUGAAAAAUACAACUUGGAGUCUGGUACCGAGAUGUAUGAUUUAGGAUGUUCCAUUCCAAAGCUAUGUACAAAAAGAAAGACGCGACAAUUAACAGAAGGUCAUCAUUUGACAUGUCAAGGUUGUUGUAACAACACAAACGUAUGCAACCUGAAUACAGAAUGUGGAGAUGUUCCUGUCAGCCAUAAUAGUUCUGAGUCUGGGAGAACUUGUGUGUCAUGCACUGGAGUACAAAACAUAAAUGACUGUACACACUUGGAGACUUGUGGUAGUAAUGAGGUGUGCUUCAUUCACAAGUAUGCUACUGAAUCUGGAGUUGAACAAUAUGAUUUUGGAUGUACACUGCCAGAGCUCUGUGUCAAUAAAAGACCUGAUGAGAUAUUUGGCAAGAGAUUAGCAGAAGGCCAUCAUAUGCUGUGUAAAGGUUGCUGCAAUAAGUCAAAUGUUUGUAACCUGAAUGCAGCAUGUGACGAUGCCGUAAAACAGAACACAUCUGGAAAUGGUCGCCCUAGAGAAUGCGAUGACUUAAACAAUGCCAACACCGGUGUGUAUACCAUAUAUCCUGAUGAAUACCAUGCAGUGAAGGCAUAUUGUAUAAUGGCAAACAAUGAAAAAUGGACGGUAAUUCAAAAACGAUUCAAUGGUUUUCUUGAUUUUUAUCAAGAUUGGAAUGCUUACAAAAGGGGAUUUGGUGUUGCAACAGGAGAAUAUUGGAUGGGAAAUGACUACAUUCAUCGAAUAUCUACAUCAACCGGUCAUAAACUAUCAAUUUAUUUAGAGGAUUUCGAUGGCACCUUUAAAUAUGCAAAUUAUUCUCUGUUUCUUAUUGGUGACGAGAAAGAAAAAUAUAAACUGUCGUUAUCUGGAUACACUGGGGAUGCAGGUGAUAGUUUGAUUACCCAGACUGGAAUGACAUUUAGUACGAAGGAUAGGGAUAACGACCCUUCUGCAGCACUUAAUUGUGCAGCGUAUACUCAGGGUGCAUGGUGGUAUAAAAAUUGUACCAGUUCAAAUCUAAAUGGACCGUAUCUUGCUGGUGUCGGUACAUAUGAAAGAUCUAUGUUUUGGAAAGAUUGGAAAGUUUUUAAUUCUUUAAAAAAGAGUACAAUGAUGAUAACGCGUACUUAGAUAAUAAAUUAUUCUAUUUGCCAUGAAACUGGCCACAAAAUACAGGCAUUAGUAAUAAACCGCUAUUCAAUAUA